AUGUCACAGGAUUUAGGCCUCAUGGCGCGCAGCAAACACGGUCCACCGUGCACGAUCGUCAUCAAGCUCGGCACAUCGUCCAUUGUCCAUGAGACGACCCAUCAGCCUUUACUCUCGACGCUGGCGUCGGUGGUCGAGGUCGUCGUUCGGUUGAGGAGCUUUGGGCACAAGGUCGUGUUGGUUAGUUCUGGUGCCAUCGGUGUUGGCCUGCAACGGAUGAGCUUGCCGCGGAGGCCAAAAGGACUAGCGAAGAAGCAAGCUUUGGCGGCUAUUGGACAGGGGAGGCUGAUCGCCCUCUGGGACAAUUUGUUCGGACAAUUCGAGCAACCUAUUGCGCAAGUUCUACUCACCAGAGGCGACAUCUCCGACCGAACACGAUACCUCAAUGCCGUGAACACCCUCAAGGAGCUGCUCUCGAUGGGUGUCGUUCCCAUCGUGAACGAAAACGAUACCGUGUCUGUUAGCGAAAUCAAAUUUGGUGACAACGACACCUUAUCAGCCAUCACUUCCUCCAUGAUCCACGCAGAUUAUCUCUUCCUUCUUACGGACGUAGACGGACUGUACACCAGCAAUCCACGAAAGGACCCAGAUGCAAAACAAAUUGAGGAGGUUAAAUCGAUUUCUGAAAUUCGUGCUCAAGUUAGUACAUCGACGUUGGGGUCCAGCCUCGGUACAGGCGGGAUGGAGACCAAACUCAUCGCAGCAGAAAUAGCAUCUGCAGCUGGCGUAACCACCAUCAUUACCUCAAGUAAAAAGCCGGAGAACGUCCUAGGCAUCGUCGACUACCACAACCGCUACACCCUUCUCCGCAAGUUCUCCUCCAGACCGUCUAGUCCCACUGUGGCAGGUUCUGGCCGCGCUAGCCCAGAGUCGCAGCCGGGCAGCGGCUCGGCCUCUCCCGUUCCUUUACCUCGCCCACCACAUACCGUGUUCAUCGCUUCCUCGACCCCAUUGCGCGACCUCAAGUCGUGGACGAGUCAUACCCUAUACCCUGCCGGCAGUGUGGUAAUCGAUGCUGGAGCACACCAUGUCCUUUCGAAACGACAGUCUGGAGGGAGGUUGUUGCCAGCAGGUGUGGUUGGUGUGAUUGGCGCGUUUGCCUCUGGCCAGGCGGUGCGAAUAACGGUGAGGAAGGGUAAAGAGGGGGAUAAGGAGGUUGAAGAAGAGAAGCAGCGCUACGUUAAUUCCUACGAUACGAGCAGACCAACGACUCCUGCUUCCGGACUGCAAUCGAGCGCGGCCAGUUCGAGCGAUGACCAUGACCAUCCACCGGCAAAGGGUGUCCAUUUCGAGGAGGAUACGGAGGAGCAGAUUAGCGAAGACGAUGUGAUCGAAGUUGGGCGAGGACUGGCCAACUUCAACUCUGCGCAGGUGUCCCGCGUGAAGGGACUGAAAAGUUCACAACUCAGUGUGGUACUCGGGUACGCAGACUCGGAGUAUGUUGUUGAGAACAUUACGAUUAGAAUUCCCCCUAGCCAGCUGGCUACCCUAGGUCAGACUGCGUCUCCGUGA